AUGCCUUUGCAAGAGCGACAAACUGCCGACCUGGCCGUCGGUAAAAAGUCUAACCUUAGCAGCGAGCCCGGUGACGCGUCGAGAAAGGGCAGCCAGGGCAUGGUGGCCGACCUGUUCCAACGCCCGGCCCAAAACAAGCUGGGUGAUCGACCACGACAGCCCAACGUGCUGGUCCGUCCUAGAAGAGGCAGCAGCUUCAAGGACUCUCAACAAGAGUACUCGGAUAGGCAGCAGCAGCAGCAGCAACAACAACAGCAGCAACACUACUACUCACACUCUCGCGGACUCUCAUCGUCUGGACAAUCUGCAGCGUCUUCAUCAAGACGCGGCUCGGCUUCGACUUGUGCCCAGUCACUCAGACGGGGUUCUUCACACACCGACCUCGAGUCCCAAAGGGCCGAGCCCGUCAAGGGAAAGAGACCUGAGUUGGUGUCUUCUGCGAGCUUCGAGUCAGACCCCAGGUCGACGACGCUUUCGGCCUGUGGUAGGGGCCCAUUCAGUGCAUCUGCUUCGCUGCUCCUCGACGACGACUCAAGAGCCGAAACAGAAAGUCUCACGUUCCAGGAAGCCCUGGAAUCGUUAUCGGCAUCGUCGACAAAUUUCCAAGACGAGGUCAAGGACCCUGUCAUAACCCAAAUCAGCACCACCACAGGGCGUGGUGCAUCCGGCCCUGGGACUCGACGUCACAGCCGUUCAAGAGUCUCGGACAGCUUGAAGCCAUUUUGCCAGUACGGCCGAGGCUGGCUCUGGGCGCUCUCCAAGAAACAAAAGCCUCAGGACCUGACCUUUGCCCAGUGCGUUCAGGUGACCCAGGAGAUCACCAUCGAGAUCCAAACCGAUCCAGACUACCGACCUCCAAAGUCGGCCCACGCAGGUGGCCAGGACGGGACGCAGGGGCCGAGGAACCCCAACGAGUAUCCCGACUUCAGGACCCAUCACGAGCUUUUCGGCGGCGGCCCACCCUCGCCCACUCAAACCGACGAACAGGCCAGGGACAAGUCUGGGCCAGGUUGGAAAAAGCACUCGCGCUUUCCCAGCAGUAUCAGUUGUCGUUGUUUUCUGCACAAGGAUCAAAAGGAGGCCCAGGACAAGACUGCGGCAACGGAGGAUAAUCCAGAGACGGAUUCCUGA